AUGACAUUAAGUUGCGAUUUAGAGUCAAACAGAGUCAACGAACUCAGAGACCUCUUGAACCUUAUUCUGCCUAAGAUCAUCGAUUACGUAUCAAAGGCAGAUCCAAACUCUUCUACAUAUGAAGCUAGCUCAUUGGGAACUUUCCACAACCCACUCGACUUGAAAAAAAAAUUAGUCACCUCAGACUUGGAAUCCGCAAUUUCAACAGAUGGGCUUAAGAACGAAGAAAAAAUCGCUGCUUCUGGUAGUUCACUUGACAAAGUGAUAGAUGACGUCUUAUCUCUUUCAGUUAACACCUGGAAUCCAGGCUUUUUGGACAAAUUAUACGCCUCAAACAACCCUAUUGGUGUAAUUUCCGAUUUGAUAUUGUCGAUAUUGAACACGAACUCUCAUGUUUACACUGUCUCACCUGUCUUGUCUGUUUUGGAAAACUACAUAGGGCAUAAGUAUGCGCUGUUGAUUUUCACUGACAAUGUGGAGACUUGUGGUGGGUUAACAUUCUCUGGUGGAUCCUGGUCGAAUGUAACUUCCUUGCAAAUUGCAAGAAGCUUGAAAUUCCCUGAAACCAAGGAGACAGGUAACGCUGGCCAUAAAUUUGCAGUUUAUACUUCCAAACAUAGUCAUUACUCUGUUGAGAAGGCUGCAAUAUUAUUGGGAAUUGGACUGAAAAAUGUGUUCAAAGUGAAAAUCAAUGAAGAUGGAGAGAUGGAUGUGAAAUCAUUGGAAGAGACUAUUCAAAGUACUUUGAAAGAUGGCUACACACCAUUGUACAUCAAUGCUACUGCAGGUACUACUGUUUUUGGUUCUUAUGACCCAUUUACCGAAAUUGCAGCCAUUGCUAAGAAGUAUGAUAUUUGGUUUCAUAUCGAUGGAUCCUGGGGUGGUAAUGUCGUCUUUUCCCAGGCGCACCGUUAUAAGUUGAAGGGUUCUGAAUUAGCCAAUUCAUUCACCACAAACCCUCACAAGAUGUUGGGUGUCCCAACUACAUGUUCAUUCUUGUUAUUACCACAUGUUGGACAUUUUCAAAAGGCAAUGUCCCUUUCGGCACCUUACUUAUUCCAUGGUAAUAAUGAUGAUGAAGAGAACUUUGAUUUAGCAGAUGGUACGAUGGGAUGUGGACGUAGAGCUGACUCGUUCAAAUUCUAUAUGGCUUGGUUAUACUACGGCACUAAUGGAUUUGAAGAAAGAGUCGACCAUGCCUUCAAGAUUUCGAAGUAUUUCAUUGAUAAGAUCUACGAAAUUUCUGGAUUUGAAUUGGUUUUAGGCUCAAGAGAAAAAUUACCAGCAUGCUUGCAGGUUUGCUUUUACUAUAAGCCUGAGCAUUUCACAGAAUUAGAUCACACAAAGGUUACUAGAUAUAUCAGUAGAAAAUUGCACUCUCAAGGUAAAUACUUGGUGGACUAUUCACCUAACCCAACUUCUCAAGAUGGUAAAGGAGAAUUUUUCAGGGUUGUCUUUAAUUCACCAAUUUUAACCAAUAAGGUUAUCGACGAUUUGGUUGAGAGUAUUGUCGCCGCAGGGAAAGAAGUGAAGUAG